UCGAGAAAAGUGAUGAGAUUUCGUCAAAGGCAAUUGAAAUGAAUAAAAAUAAUCCAAAAGUUUGGAUGGAAUUAUUAUCAAUUUUUAUUGAAACCGAUUGUCCUUUGAGAGCAUUUAAAGUUUUUCAAUAUGGUAUCAAGUCGCUGGAAUCAGAUGCAAUGCCAUUGUGUCAAAUGAUGGAAACAUUUUUAAUAACACAAAAUGAAACUAUGCUUUUAGAUUUUUACGAUCAAGCUACGUAUGGAUCAUCUACCAACAUCAGUUUAAUUUUCAGGGUAAAAUACUUAAAAUGGUUUAAAAUACGCAAUACGUUAACUGCUGUUCGUAAAUUGUUCAAAGAAUUGAUCAUUAUGAGUCCUCCUUGUAAACAUUUGUACAUUGAAAUGAUUUCUUAUGAACAGUCUUUAACUUCCGUCAAUUUAGAUCGAGUCAGUAAAUUGUACAACAAUGUAUGCUGUAACUUGGGACAGGGAGAUGUUGAGUUAUGGUCUAAUUAUAUUCGAUUUGUGUACAAGCAUGUUCAACGAUGUACAGCAAAGAAGAUCUAUAAAUCGUCUUUGCCGUUUUUGGGACCAGAGUUAUUCGGGGAUUUGACAAAAGAGUAUGAAAACAUAAAAAAAGAAAUUGCUUAAAGGUAUUACUAACAAUAUGAAAAGUUAACAACAUUUUAUCUUAGAUACAAUUGUAUCUUGUAUCUCGAUACAAUUAUAUGAAGUAUCUCGUAUCUCCUACAGCGUUACAUUUUU